AAAGACGCCGGACAGCACGAACAUUUGCGCCCGGUGGAACCGGUCCGCCAUUCAUUUGUUCGAGUUGCUGUAAUCUACCGCAUUCCUUAGCGCCUGAUAUGCAGACGUAAAAUUCCCACAAAUUGAGUUCGUCCGUAGCGGCUCAACGACACCUCCCCGCUCCUCCCUGGCGGCGAUCAGCCUCCGGCCACAGGAGAUGGGCACCGCCGCGAAGCCCCCUCCCUUCGUCUGCUUCAAGUGGCCUUGGGGCCCUAGCCUUAAUGCGAGCCCUAGCGCCAGCCCAAGCCCCUGCGGCGACCUCGAGCGCCCCUGGCUCUCCAAGUCUAUCUCCACCGUCGCGCAAGGCCUCGUCAUCGCCGGUGACAUCCCCUCCGCUUCCACUGGAAGCGGAGGUCAUGGGGCGAGGUUGUGGAAGCGUUACCCGGGCACCGCGCCGGUGGAGGCGGACCGCGGGGACGCGGAGCAGCGGGCGCUGGCGGCGGCGCUGGCGAGCGCGAGGGCGACCACGGUGCUGGAGUUCUACUCGCCGCGCUGCCGCCUCUGCUCAUCGCUGCAGGGCCUCGUGCGCGAGCUCGAGGACGGUGGCAAUGCAUCUGCGAGCUUCGUGUUCGCUGACGCCGAGGACGACCGGUGGCUCCCGGAGGUUACUGAUGGAGUGAGUAAAUACCAUGCAGAUGAAUGGCUCGGAGAGUGCAACAUGAGGGGUAUGACAUGCUAGACUAAGGAGAAAUAAACUAUACAUGAGAGAGCACUUCAAAUGAGGAUUAGACAUGGUUCUUAAUCUCCAAGACACACAGUGCCCACGCCUAUAUAGUAUAUAGUGAUGACCGGACCCCAAUUAAUGAUUAUGUCGACUGGGAUACAGACCCUUGGUUAACCUACAUCUACCAUCUGGCUCAAUCUCUAAUAUGUUGUUCUUUUCAUAUGAUUCAACUUCUUAAUCCUCAUGGGCCCUAGGCUCUUGCUGCAUUCUGCUGCUAGUGUUAGUUUUGGACUCCCGAACAACCUGACUGUCUUGCUGCUGGCGGAUGUCCUGGCCAUUGUUGCCGAAUGUAUUGCUGCCACGAUGCUCCUAUUGCCUUUCCUAGCGCCGUAGCCCCUUUGUCCACAACAUCCUCUUUCUGCACAGACAUGGCUAUUCUUCUUCUACUUAGCAUCGAUCAAGCGGUAUGAUGCAUAUGCUAUAGUUUACUUUAAGGAACUCUGUUACGGAUAUUUGAUAUGCCCAAAAAAAAAAGGCUAGGACAUGCAUUCGAAGGUGCUAGGUAGUAUUUACUAGUAAUGGUAUCCUUUUUUUUAAAACAGUAAUAGUGGUACCUUUGUGAGUAGGUCCACAUAGGUUUUCAAACACAUGUCAAUACGAUGGAACAAGCCCUAGUGCUUGGAAAGUUGGAAGUAAGCAGUUGGGCAAUGAAGAUGGUGGGCUUAGUUGAAGGAUAAGCAGACGGCAGUUCAGGAUAAGUAUAACAGAGGCUUGACUGAUGCUAAAUUUGGUUAUUUUGGGCGUUAAGGUUGUUUGAAUAUCUGACUUGCUAAUCAUUUCGAACAUGGUUGAUCUCUACUUUGGUUCUUCUGUGUCAGCAGUACUGCUGUCGUUUUCUGCAGAAACAUUGGCCCAUUCUGCUUUCCCAUUUGGAGAAAGGGUUGCUCAGUUGCUAGACUUAAGUUCUUUGAAAUUGAACUACAAACUGUUCCAGUCUCGCAGACACCCAAAACCAUCCACCAACCCACUCAGGGUUCCAAUUCGUUUAGGGUAGAUAGGGAUUAGACUUGAUCUCUUGUGAUGUUCUGGAAAUUGAACUAACUUCCCUCCCCACAUGAAGGGAUUGGGUAAAAAUUCUCACCAUUCCAGAAAAGUUCUAUUGCAUGUUAGUAGUCUGUAACAAUUCCUGAAAACAUUUUUUUUAUACUAGUCUCCUUUAUGGCUCACAGGCUCAGCUUACCAAGCUCACCGAAGAUGCUAUUUUUCUUGACAUUGUUUGUUUUGAGGUUGCUUACCGUUACGACAUACACCAUGUGGUUACUGAAGAUGCUAUUAGUACUAUGGGUUGUCCAUAUUCAUAUACUGCAAUAUCUGCUCAUGCUUUCAUAUCCAUGACGUUUCCACUCUGAAGUCUGAUGCUUCCAGCUUUUUAACAGCAACAAUUAUA